AUGGACUUCCUCCGUUCUCACAGUCGCAAGGGAAGAUCCCGCUUCUCAAAAGCCCUACCCACCCCUCCGUCUCCAAAGGCCGAAUCUCUUCCCAAGUCUAAGCAGCUCCCUUCGAUACCUCCCGUUCCUCCCCUCCCGUCCAAGAAGACGAAGACAUUCGCCAUGUCAGACAAACCGCUUCCACCACCGCAACCCCUCAACCAGUCUCUCCCUCCCCUCCCUCCUCUCGAGACAAAAGCGUUGCCCCCGGUACAUAUACCUCGCCGCCCAGUUGCAAAGCAAGCACCACCGCCCUCCGCCCCGGCGAACCAGCAGAAGCAGCAAGAGCAGUAUUCUCCCGAGGACGAAAGGAACUCCAUCGGCAGUCUGCUCUCGGCCUAUUCAAGAAGCUCAGGGGAAUCCCUCAUCAUGUCGCCGGAUGGAAGCGCAAGUCAGAGAGAUUCGAGCCAGGCAUACAACUCUGAACAGUAUGGGACAAGGGAAAACAAGAUUUUGACGCCAACCUCGUUGUCAUCCGGUGACAAUGACCACUACGGCGCACAAAAGUUCACAACCAACAAGGGCCUACCACCUCACCCGGCCUACUACAAUGAGCAGGCCGGCGCCGCUCCGGUCAACUCGGCACCCGCCCCGACUGCUGGCAGCCCGACAAGCUAUGUAUCGGCAGCAUCGCCUCAGCAACAGCAGCGACCACUAUGGAGGAGGAGAUCCGUAAAAUCUGAUCGUAAUAUAGAGGUGCCAGAUCUACACCUAACAGUCAGCCACGGGUCAACCGCUGCUUCUUCUCAGCCGAACACCGCGCAAUCAUCUUACACAGCAACUCCUCCUCCGGCCCAGCAGCAACAAUUUCCUCCUCGCAGCACAUCGAAUCUUCCCGGCAGAAAUAUUCGCCCAGUUCCCUCUCAAAGUCAGGCGGCUCAGACGAACAACAUGGGCCAAGAGGUCUCGCGGUUGAAGGAGAAAGUCCAUCAUUUGCGCGAUGGUCAAAAUGGCGCAAAUGUGGGAACGUCUCAUAGCGACACUGCGCUCUCGCCAACUCAACGCCUGCCGACUCCCGAUUAUGAGAAGGAAGACGUCAAAACGCCGGUUGUCGAAACAAUCGUAUCGCCCGUCUCACCCGCUUCCUCUCCCGAGCCUGGCCGCGAGCAAUCGAACGAGUCCAAGCCUCCUAUCCCCCGCAAAGCGGUCACGGCCCGCAACUUACACAACGCUCAGAGCUUGCCUCAAAUGCGCGCAGAUGGGCCUGUGACCAGCAACGAGGCUCCCCCGACAAUCACGAGAGACUUUGCAGUCAGCCCUGUUAGUCCCGAUCCUCAGAACCAGCUGCCGCCUCGGGCCGCCUCCAACAAGCAGCAGCAGCAGCAGCAGCAGCAGCGGGAGUAUGUACCCUAUGCGCCAGCACCCGGAUUCGCGCAGGGAGAUAUGCGACCCGCCUCGAGAGAUCAGCGCCCCAACCAAGAACCCGUCGAGUACCGCGAGCUCAAGGUCAAGGACCUGCCGCCUGCCGACCCUCGCGCGUCGUUCUUCCCCAUGCAGGGUUCCGAGCCUCCCAGCCCCGGCAUGAUCUACAAGGCUCUGCCAUUAAAAGAGAGCAUGCUCGAUUGCUACGUCAAGCACCGCACCAUGGACCGAACUCGCAACCGCAACUACGCCCUAACAUGCCAGACGUGCGGCAAGGCCGAUACCGAGGAUCGUUACAAGUGCCAGUUCUGCUACGUACGCAUGUGCGCUUCCUGCCUGCAAAUCUUCAACAGCAACCGCAGAGACCUCCGGAAGCUUAUGGCUCACUUGGAGGGCAACCCUCAGAGCGGCGGCUCCCAGGAGCGUCCUCCCACGGCAGCUGGCAUCGAGGCUCCCGAGAAGGAAGAGCAGCGUACAGACGCUCAACAACAGCAACAGAAUCAGCAAUCAGUCACAGCCUGA